UCACUCAUCUUGGAAUUCGUCUACAAUGGAGAGACGUCUGUGCCAAGCGAAGAGCUUGAACAGUUUGUUAAUGUUGCUGAAAAGCUAGAGAUUCGUGGGAUUCAGUCGAGGAACCUCAAGACGCAGAAUGAAGAGAAGGCAGCUAAGCCACACGGGAGUUACAGUUUGUUGUCCUACAAAGAUUCUACAGUUGAAGAAUCGCCGAUGCCUGCGAAGAGAUUGCGAAUGAAUGCUGAACUGAUCAGUGAAUCUUCUCCGAUGCCCGCUUCGAUCAAGCCAACUGCUGCUCCGUUUUCCAAUUUGCCGAUGGAGGGAACCGGAAAUACCUCGAUGAUGACCCCAGAAAACAUCGCAUGUGACUUUUACCUAAUGUCUGGAACAGAACCGAUGUCGUCAACGGUAAUUGAAAAUGUCGCGAAGAAAGAAAUCGAAGACGGAAGGGAUGUUGUAGAAACGUUUCAAACUUACAACCAGUGUCAACCACGAGAAGCAGUCGGAGAAAUAGACUAUUUCGAAGGAACAGGAAUCACCGAAUUCGAAGAAAAUGUAGACGCCACGAGAUCUGACCCGGAAAGUGCGUCAGUUCAAGUACCACCGGAAAUUUCCAAAGAAGUGAGU